AUGGACAAUAAGACUGGGCUCUGCAUCGCAGACACUCUUGAGACUGGCCUAGACCUUAACCCAGGCGAGCUAUAUGGUUGUGUGCGCGGGCUGCGCGGGCGCCGGCCGGCGGGCAGCGCGGGGGCGCGGGGCGCGGGCUGGCGGGCGCGGGGCGUGGCGCCGGGAGGCGGCCGACGCGCCCAGCCCAUUGGCCGAGAGCCGCGGCGGCCCCGCCCACGCGCGCCGCCCGCCCCGCGCCUCGCCGCUCCGCUCCGAGAGUCGCCGCUCAGUGCCUCGCGGUCCGUCGUCUGUGUUGCAUGCGUAGUGUGUCUAACUCGCGCUUUCCGCUGCAGAUGCGAUCCCGUUGUCGUUGAAGUGAUGCCGGCCGAGGAAGACCCCGCGGCGAUGGAGUGUCGGGAGCCAAGCGAUUCCCCGCAGCAGUUCUGCCUGCGGUGGAACAACUACCAGAGCAACUUGACCAGCAGCUUUGACCAACUUUUGCAAACUCAAUCUUUCGUGGAUGUGACUCUAUCUUGCGAUGGACAAAGUUUGAAAGCGCACAAAGUGGUUCUGUCGGCAUGCAGCCCCUACUUCCAGUCCUUGUUCAUGGACAACCCCUGCCAGCACCCGAUUAUAAUAAUGCGUGAUACCAAAUACUGCGACCUGAAGGCUGCCGUGGACUUCAUGUACCGGGGCGAGAUCAACGUGUCCCAGGAACAGAUCCCGGCGCUGCUGAAGGUGGCGGAGUCGCUGAAGAUCCGCGGACUGACGGACGUGAGCGGCGAGCACGCGGUGGUGCAGCCGGGCGGGCGCAGCGCCAAGCGGCCGGACCGCAGCCGCGAGGCGGACUCGCCGCCCAAGGCACGGCGCCGCAUGUCCGAGGACCGCGCCAGCGGCGGCUCCAGCCGCGCGCAGCAGCCGACCCCCAGCCCCACGCCCGCCGCCGACCUGCUGCCGCCGGCCGAGCCCGUCCUCGCCACCCCCGUCAUGCCGCCGCUGCACCCCGAGGACGUCGACAUCCGGCCCGGCAUCGCCGAGAUGAUCCGCGAGGAGGAGAGGGUAAGUCCGCGCCUCCCGCUGCUAACUUACUUCAAAACUUUUCCCGCCGACCGGGAGGGCUGCCCCGCGCGCCCUCGCCUCCCCGCUCGCAAACUUUCCAUACACUAG